ACAUGCUCCAAAAUAAAAAUGUACUUUCAAGAGAAUUUCCCAUUUCACACUGAAUUUCGAGUAGCAAUAGCCCUAUAUAAAGAUGUAGAGAAUAGUAAACAAUUGCGAAAUAUGAUAAUGGAUGGUGCAGUUGAAGCAGCAUUAAUAAAACCAAGCCAGAUUAUUGACAAGACUCAGCUGUUAUCUGCAGCCAAUAUAGCAGUGCAUCUCCAUUCUUGUAAUAAAAAGAUCACUAGGAAUGUCCACUCUGAAGUCCUGUACAGCCUUUCACCUACCAAACAGAUUACUAACAGUUUCAAAACAUUUGGUAUUCAAGACAACGAUUCUGAAUUAGUUGCUGUGGUGAUACAUGAAAGAGAUGUAGAUAUAGAUGGCAUAUUGGCUCCAAUAGAUGGCACCAGAAUAGACAUCGAUGAAAUAUCAAAUUAUACUAAUGAAACUUCAAUUAAAAAGACAUACAAAGUUACAGAGCCAGAGCUUCAUAUAGGGACACUGCUAGAUGCUGUUCUUACAAGAAUGGCAACUAAAAACAUUAUUUCAUUUGAUAAGAAAUCCUAGCAUCACAUUCCACACAAUUAAACUACUAUUAAGUAGUAAUUUGAUGCAGGUUCAACGGAUCAUAGACUUAGACAUUUAUGACUAUUUAUGGGACUGGAUACUGCGUUCAUACUGUAUAAGUAUUUUUAAUUUUCUUCUCCUUUUCCAUGCAUUUGAGUCUAUCUGCCUCUUCCUAUAAUAUUCGUAUUCAGUAAAAAAUAAUAAAAAUAUGACUCUCAAUGAAGCUAUAGCGGUUAUUGUGUCUUUAUAGUGUGGUUAUAGGUGGUGCUAUUGUAGUAAAGUUCAAAUUCUGGCCCACAUUUUGAUUCAAUCCACUUGAAAUGUAUUCACUCUGCUGUAAAAGGGUAUAAUUAAAGGGUAUUACUUUGCUUUGAUUACAGUAUAGACUAGUAUACCAUUAAAUCAUGUUGAAAAUAUUUAGAACUUCACUCCAUGUUUUGAAUAGAAUGGCACAACCUUUAUCAUUAUAGCAAUUUUUCCAACCACUUAUUUUUACUCCACCUAGGAUAAAUAUUAAUUCUGGAGAAAUCUUAUUCCCCAAGUUAAGAAAUCUAACUACAGCAACCCAAUACAAUAUUCAUGGAACGUAAACAAUUAUUUAUUUUCAUACAUAAAUGUGGUACAUGUACAUAUAGAAAUAAAAUAAAAUAUAUCUUUAAACUACAUUCAAUGGAAUGUAUAGUUCAAUUUCAUAAAAAUUUAUAUGAUAGAAUGAAUAUAUUUCAAAAAGUUUUAUACAGUGAUUAUUACAUAAUCAGUGAUAAAUUAUCCAAGAUCGAUAAACCCAAAUAUAUCAUAAAUGCAAUACACACAAAUAUUUCACAAACAUGUACACCGGGUUCAAUACAGCUUUAUGAAAAUGGACGGAAAUUAAUAAAACAAAUACUUCAUUGCAUUGCAUUUAUUAUUACAUAUAGAAUGGAAUGUUACACAAAAAGGAGAGUGUGAUCUAGAAGUAUGGAAUAUUGAAUAUGAAGGGAAAUAUGGAAUAUAAUGAAUAAUAAAAUAUAGAAAGGCCACAGAAAAUAAGGCAUUAACAUGCAAA